AUGGGAGGAGAAGGCGGAUUUGGGAAAGGAGGCUUUGGAGACAAAGGGAAGGGCAAGGGCAAGAAGGGCAAGGGUAAGGGUAAGGGCAAGGGCAAGCAGGAGGAGAAGCAAUGGGUUCCGAUGACAAAGUUGGGACGCCUGGUUAACGACGGCAAGAUCAGCGUGCUUGAGGACAUCUACCUGCACUCCCUGCCGAUCAAGGAGCCCGAGAUCAUCGACCACUUCUACCCUCCUGGAAGCUUGAAGGAUGAAGUGCUGAAGAUCCACCCGGUGCAGAAGAUGACCUCCGCCGGUCAGACCAACAGAUUUGUGUGCUACGUGCUGGUGGGCGACACCAACGGCCACAUCGGUCUGGGGUCCAAGUGCGCGAAGGAGGUGGCCACCGCCAUCCGGGGCGGCAUCAUUGCUGCAAAGCUGAACCUGAUCCCCGUCCGACGAGGUUUCUGGGGGAACAGAAUCGGCUUGCCCCACACUGUGCCCAUGAAAGUGCACGGAAAGUGCGGCUCAGUGCGAGCGCGCCUGAUCCCUGCCCCUCGAGGCUCCGGCAUUGUAGGCUCCCCAGUGAUGAAGAAGAUGAUGGCUUUCGCCGGCAUCUCUGAUUGCUUCACCUGCUCCUGCGGGCACACUAGGACAACAGCGAACUUUGCCAAAGCCACGUUUGAGGCUCUGAAGGCGACCUACGGGUACCUGACCCCGGACCUGUGGACAGCCACUCGCUUCACGAACUCACCCUUCCAGGAGUUCACGGACUACCUGGCCCAGUCCAAGAAGGCGGUGAGCUACUGA